UUUGGACACAAUAUUUGAAUUGGAAAAAUCAUCAUCAAAAAGUUCAGAAAUUUGUGAAUUAAAUUAAUUUCUCUAUUAAAUACGUAGUUAAAGACUAUUCAAUAUGCCGGAUCAUUUAGGAGACGAUAUGAGGAAGGUGAAGGUAGAAGAAAAGGAAAAAGAGGAGAAAGAAAUUAAAGAUCUCGAUGAAGGUGAUAUUGAGCUGCUCAAAACUUAUGGACAGGGUCAAUACCAUAAGAGUAUCAAGACAAUAGAGGAUGAUAUUCAGAAAGCGAUAAAACAAGUAAAUGAAUUGACUGGAAUUAAGGAAAGUGAUACAGGAUUAGCUCCACCAGCUUUAUGGGAUUUAGCAGCUGAUAAACAGACACUCCAGAAUGAGCAGCCAUUGCAAGUAGCUCGCUGCACAAAGAUCAUUAAUGCUGAUUCAGAUGAUCCAAAAUAUAUAAUUAAUGUCAAGCAGUUUGCUAAAUUCGUAGUAGAUUUAGCUGAUUCCGUUGCACCGACAGACAUAGAAGAAGGAAUGCGCGUUGGCGUUGACCGAAAUAAAUAUCAAAUUCAUAUUCCUUUACCACCAAAAAUUGAUCCAACAGUUACAAUGAUGCAGGUCGAAGAUAAGCCUGAUGUCACGUACUCGGAUGUUGGUGGAUGUAAGGAACAGAUUGAAAAGCUUCGAGAAGUCGUUGAAACUCCAUUACUUCAUCCAGAAAAGUUUGUUACACUCGGUAUUGAGCCACCAAAAGGAGUUUUACUCUUCGGACCUCCUGGAACUGGUAAAACAUUGUGUGCUCGAGCAGUCGCCAAUAGAACUGAUGCAUGCUUUAUUCGUGUCAUUGGAUCAGAAUUGGUUCAAAAGUAUGUCGGAGAAGGUGCUCGAAUGGUCCGUGAAUUGUUUGAAAUGGCUAGAAGUAAGAAAGCAUGUUUGAUCUUUUUUGAUGAGAUUGAUGCUAUUGGCGGUGCCCGAUUUGAUGAUGGUGCUGGUGGAGAUAAUGAAGUUCAGAGAACUAUGUUGGAAUUAAUUAAUCAACUUGAUGGUUUUGAUCCUCGAGGAAAUAUUAAAGUUCUUAUGGCUACAAAUCGACCAGACACAUUAGAUCCAGCAUUAAUGCGUCCUGGACGUCUCGAUCGUAAAGUAGAAUUUGGAUUGCCUGAUUUAGAAGGAAGAACUCACAUUUUUAAGAUUCAUGCUCGCUCAAUGUCAGUCGAACGUGAUAUUCGCUUCGAAUUACUUGCUCGAUUAUGUCCCAAUUCGACUGGUGCUGAAAUCAGAUCAGUAUGCACAGAAGCUGGUAUGUUUGCGAUUCGUGCAAGACGUAAAGUAGCAACAGAAAAGGACUUCCUUGAAGCCGUGAACAAAGUCAUUAAGAGUUAUGCUAAAUUCUCAGCAACACCACGCUACAUGACUUAUAAUUAAGCAUAUAUUUGAUGUACUUUAGGUUCCACAUUUAUUAAUAUUCGUGUAUUUUCAUUUUUUUUCAUGAUUAAUAAAAAUUUCUUCUG